CGGGCUCGUGCCGCUCCCGGCUGGAAACAAUGUAGCCGCGGCGCCUUUCCGCCAGCCCCAGGGCGCAGGGCAGCAGCUGCCUCGGCAGGGACCCUCGCCCCUUCGCUUUUGCUGGUUUUGCAGCUGGAGCCGCUGUCUCAAGAAGAAGUUGCCCAGGAGGCCCGCUGAGUCCUGGCUGGGGGCGGCAGGAGGACGCACUGACUAGGCUCAGGGCACGUUAUCCUUCAAUCGGCCUCAUCGUACAUUAAAAUAAGCGCCCCUCGCCGGCGCUCCUGCUGUUGGGAGGGGUCAGUGGCAAGAAGCGGUGGAUGAAGGGGGUUGUUACCUGUGGGGUACCCACAACGGGAUGUGGGUACCAACAACACCUGGGGCCUGCAUCCCUUUUUUUCUCCUGCUGUGCAUCAUUGGAUGCUGACUGCUACCAAAGCAAGCCUCCUUUUUGACAGGCGCUCAGACUACCCAGGAGAAUAUACCGUAUAGUGUAGGGGACAAUCUUGUAUUGUGCCCUGGAGGUGCUGGAUGGGUUCGCGGGUAGAAUCGUUUCCGUUUUCAGUCAUUCAGCCUGAACGGCAGGUGGUUUAUUUUGUAUCUAAAAAUCAGUGGCGGUGAAGGAGCACAACGCAUGUUGUGUUCCCGUCACACUGGUUUCUGACAUUAAAUGCACACUGUCCAAUUUAAAACCAUCCACUGUUAACAAACCAUUCUUUGCCUAUAUUACUGACAACACGGAUUCAGGUACCAGCAGUUUCUGUAGUUCAAAGACAUCGCCUGAGGUUGUAACGGAAAGGAUUUUAAAAAUCCAAGUUACCUUUCACUCUUGAUGGCUUGUGUUUACAUUUUGCAUUGCUCACAGCUUGAUCAGUGAAGUGACUUUCACUUUUGUAUUUAGGGCUGCAGUUUUUCAGUUUCAGCCAAUGCAGGGCUAUAAACAGAUCGUAUAUAUACCUUUCAAAAUCGCUUUUUCCCAUGGAUUAUACAUUUUUUAAUGGCACAGUAACAUUUCUCUUGGGUUUUGUAGAAGCUUUGUUUUACACCAUCUAAAUUUUGGGCCUAGUCUGAGUUGACUGCAUCCUUUCAAUCAUGGCCAGUGCAAAAGCCUGUCUGAAAUUCAGCAAGUGCAGUGUAUCUGCCCCCCACGUAAAUCCCACAUCAGAUGGGUGCGCUCGUUAUUAUAAAUUAUUUGUAUUGUGGUAGUACCUAGGAGCCCCAGCCUUGGACAAGGACCCCGUUGUGUUAGGCGCUAUACAACCGCAUUGUGACUCCUAAAUGUUGCAUAGAGAGUAGAAGUAAGAGGGUUCACUGCCCUUUGUACACAGCUGGAAGUGGGGAAACCAUGAACAUCACCACAUCGCUGUACAUCCCACAACAGGAUUUUAUAAACGAAAGAGCACGCUCCCAAGGUUGAACGCUUACUUCCCUUCAAAGGGCCAUGGAGCCGGGCAGCAUCGAUAACUUGUCCAUCCUGUACCAGAGCUCUGACUUCAUUGUGGUCAACAAGCACUGGGAUGUUCGCAUCGACAGCAAGAUGUGGUAUGAGAAGCUGACCCUGCAGAGCCAGCUGAAGUACCGUUUCCCAGAGCUGGCUGACCCAGACACAUAUUAUGGCUUCAGGUUUUGCCACCAGCUAGACUUUUCCACCAGUGGAGCCCUCUGCGUUGCUCUCAAUAAAGCGGCUGCCGGUAGCGCGUACAAGUGUUUUAAGGAACGGAUGGUGACCAAGGCCUACCUCGCUCUGGUCAGGGGCCACGUGAGUGAAAGCAGAAUGACGAUCCGUUAUGCCAUAGGGAAGAACACGACAGAGGGAAUGACCCACAUGAUGUGUAUUGAAGGGACAGAAGGCUGUGAAAAUCCAAAGCCUUGCCAGUCAGAGCUAAGCGUCCUCGAGCAUGGUUCAUAUAGUGGUGACCCGGCAACUAAAGUGCUUCUACAACCACUGACGGGCCGGACACACCAGCUCCGGGUUCACUGCAGUGCCGCUGGACACCCCAUAGUGGGAGACUUCACGUACAGCUUUAAGAAGGACAGUAACCCGUACAGAAUGAUGCUCCAUGCCUACUACCUGCGGAUCCCUACCAGGAAGGAACUGAUUGAGGUGAAUGCUCCUGACCCCUUUCUGACCUCUCUGGAUAGCAACUGGGUCCCUCACCACACUGUGCACCGACUGGACGAGAUGCUCCAGGAAUUGAAGGACAAGACUAUCCGGGUAGAGGAAGAGGAGAGGAACCAGGAAGCAUUGCUUCAUAGUGGAGGAGAAGAGAUGCCGAGCAAAGCCAAGAGCCUGGAGACAGAGGAAGAACGAGCCAAGUGUGAGCAGUGGUUGGCGGAGUGGGCCUUGGCAUGAGAUGCUGCUCUUGCUGUGCAUUUCAAACCCAAUAUUCCAUUUCUCACUGUGGGACGUGACAGACAAUCCCCCCCCCCCCCCCAAUCCCAGGACCCAACACCACCUCCACGUCAGCACGUUUUUAUGCCGAGCUAUCUUAGAAUGAAUCCUCCAAGGGUUCGUUUCCGGGACUGAGAUUUGACUUAUUUUAGCAUCAAGUAGGAUUUUGUUUAUUGCGAGUCAAGCUCCACCCCACCACGGGAUGCACAUUCUCCUUGUUCUGCAACUCAGCUACGGGAUUUGAAUGGCGUGCACCAUAUCAGAAAUGAGGCAGAAGCCCCAGUGGCCUGCAACUCUGUAUUAGCGCUAAACUGCUAGGAGGGGUUCAGCAGAGCUGAUCCAUUUUAGGGCGCUCGUGCAGGGAACGGUGGAGCGCCUUUCAAACCUGUAGUACUAAACCAUUGCCAGGAUACAAUCAAUUUAAAGGGAAUCAGUAAUGGAGACGAGAAGGUGUGGACCUUACGCCUUUCUGGGUGGAAUCUUUGGAUCUGCUUUCACUUCCCCGUUCCCGCCUACUGAUCAUGUCCACUCACUGAGUCCUGUUAGCUAUUGCUGUCUUCCAGUGCAGGGUAUGAAGAAGUAUCCUGCAGCAUUUUGCAUUGAUCCCACUAAAAGGAUGAGAGUCCUGCCAACCGGCCAUGUGCUUUGUCAAUGCGGGUAAACCCCAGUGAAACAGAGCAUCUGGGAGGGUCCUCUCGUUGGAGGGUAGGACUCACUACCUUUCCCAAGUCUGCAUUUAGACCACUUUUAUUCCUAAAAGGUUUUAAAUUGAUGAAUACUAAUGAAUUUUAAACUUUCUAAGGAAAUUUGACACUGAAUACAGUCCUUGAACAGUUCUGCAGUGCUGUCGGUCUCAGAUAUUUGUAACAUCGCACUUCUAGUACACCGGCACCAGUAGCAGAUUAAAAAUAGCCAAUGCCCCAAAAAGUUUCCCUACAGAUGGUGAGAUUUUAUUACAUACUUUACUUAUAUGCUCCUUUUCUAAGAGCUCGCUCUUGCCUGCACAUGUCACUCCUGCUGUGACUAAAAAUUGGCAUUCCAGGCAAUUCUCAGCAGACGAACACAAUCCUAAGUAAAUUCAUGAGAAUCACCUUGUUCUUCUAUUGCCUGUGACAGGGUACUGCCUAAAAAGAAAAGGAGGACUUGUGGCACCUUAGAGACUAACCAAUUUAUUUGAGCAUAAGCUUUCGUGAG